GGGGGGCGGGGCCUGGCCGCCGGGCUGAGGGCCGCCCCGGGCCUGGCCGCCGGGUUGCUGUUUCGCUUCUGCGGUUGCUGAGGAGCACUCGGGGAUUCCCGGGGACCGGCGCUGCAGAGCUCAAGAGGAGAUCUAAGACACAUAGAUCAAUGGUUAGACUCCCUGCUGCAAGCAAUCUGUAGCCACAUAGGAACUGUGAGUCUGUUCUCGGAUGCUCGCAUGGAGACAGGAAGCCCCAGGUUGAACAUGAAGCCCCAGCCAUUGCAGCUGGUGCUAGAGGAGCAGGUGCUGGCACUGCAGCAGCAAAUGGCAGAGAACCAGGCCGCCUCCUGGAGGAAGCUGAAGAACUCCCAAGAUGCCCAGAAGAGGCAAGCCACCCUUGUGAGAAAGCUGCAAGCCAAGGUUUUACAGUACCGGAGCUGGUGUCAAGAGCUGGAGAAGCGCCUAGAAGCCACCGGAGGACUGAUCCCUCAGCGGUGGGAAGGUGCAGAAGAGCCAAACCUGGAACAGCUGCUGGUCCGGCUGGAGGAGGAGCAGCAGAGGUGUGAGAGUCUAGUGGAAGUGAACACGGAGCUUCGGCUGCACAUGGAGAAAGCCGAUGUGGUGAAUAAGGCCCUUCAGGAAGAUGUGGAGAAAUUGACAGUGGACUGGAGUCGGGCCCGGGACGAGCUAGUGAGGAAAGAGAGCCAGUGGCGGAUGGAGCAGGAGUUCUUCAAGGGCUAUUUGAAAGGUGAACAUGGCCGUCUGCUCAGUCUGUGGCGUGAGGUGGUGACCUUCCGACGUCACUUCCUGAAAAUGAAGUCAGCUACUGACAGAGAUCUGACAGAGCUAAAGGCUGAACAUGCCAGGCUUUCGGGGUCCCUGCUGACCUGUUGUCUGCGCAUGACCGUGAGAGCUCAGUCUCGUGAAUCCAGUGGCUCUGGGAGAACCGAGGAGAGUGAGCCGGCCCAGCUGCUACUGCUAGUAGCUAAGACCCAGGCGCUGGAGAAGGAAGCCCACGAGAAGAGCCAGGAGUUGAGACAGCUGAAGAGCCAAGGGGAUCUGGAGAAGGCUGAGCUCCGGGACCGAGUAACAGAGCUCUCUGCUCUGCUGACCCAGUCUCAGAAGCAGAAUGAAGAUUAUGAGAAGAUGGUGAAGGGUCUGAGAGAGACGAUGGAGAUCCUGGAGACAAACCACGCAGAGCUAAUGGAGCAAGAGGCCUCUCUCAGUAGGAGUGCUCAAGAGGAAAAGCUGUCUCUACAGCAUGUGAUCAAGGCUAUAACUCAGGCGCUUGCCUCAGUGGAAGAAGAGGACACUAUGACCCAAAGCUCAGAUCAUGAGGGCUCAUUGCAGUUGGACUGUAGCGGCUUCUCCCCGUUUGAUCUCCAGGACCCAGACAAGGCUCUUACUCUGGUGCGCUCGGUGCUGACUCGGAGACAGCAGGCUGUACAGGACCUCAGGCAGCAGCUUUCAGGCUGCCAGGAGACGAUGAGCUUGUUGCAGCAGCAGCACAAUCAGUGGAAGGAGGAGGGCAAAGCCCUGAGAGAAAAGCUACACAAGCUCACUGGAGAGCGGGAUGCUCUGGCAGGGCAGACUGUGGACCUUCAGGGAGAGGUGGACUCUCUCAGCAAGGAGCGAGAACUGCUGCAGAAGGCCAGGGCAGAGCUGCAGCAGCAGCUGGAGGUGCUGGAGCAGGAAGCGUGGCGGCUGCGGAGAGCCAAUGUGGAACUGCAGCUGCAGGGGGACUCUGCUCAGGGGGAGAAGCAGGAGCAGCAGGAGGAGCUGCAUAUGGCUGUCCGCGAGAAGGAACGUCUUCAGGAGACGCUGGUGAGCAUGGAAGCCAAACAGUCAGAAUCACUCAGUGAGCUGAUUACUCUUCGAGAAGCCCUGGAGUCAAGCCGCCUAGAAGGAGAGUUACUGAGGCAAGAGCGAGUGGAAGUGACUGCAGCCUUGGCCAGGGCAGAACAGUCCAUUGCAGAUCUGUCAGCUUCCGAGAACAGCCUGAAGGCGGAGGUAGCUGAUCUUAGAGCUGCAGCUGCCAAGCUUGGGGCCUUAAAUGAGGCUUUGGCUUUAGAUAAAGUGGGACUGAACCAGCAGCUUCUCCAGUUGGAGCAGGAGAACCAGUCUGUGUGCGGCAGAGUGGAGGCGGCUGAGCACCUGAGAAGUGCUCUGCAGGUGGACCUGGCGGAGGCAGAAAGGCGCAGGGAAGCCCUGUGGGAGACGAAAACUCAGCUGCAGGCUCAGCUGCAGAAGGCGGAGGAGACAGGGGCUGAACUACAGGCAGAACUGAAGAGUGUCCGAGAAGAAAAGGAAGAACUUAAAGAGAAGUUAAGCGAGGUACAUCACCAGCAAGAAGCAGCUACAGCUCAGCUAGAGCAGCUGCAUCAGGAUGCAGAGCGACAGGAAGAAACACUUGCUAGAGCAGUCCUGGAGAAAGAGGCCCUCGUACGGGAGAGGGCAGCUCUUGAGGUGCGCCUGCAGGCUGUGGAGCGGGACCGACAUGACCUCACUGAACAAGUUCUGGGGCUCAGGUCAGCCAAGGAACAGCUGGAGAGCAAUCUUUUUGAAGCCCAACAGCAAAAUUCUGUCAUCGAGGUCACCAAGGGUCAAUUGGAGAUCCAGAUUCAAACUAUUACUCAAGCCAAGGAAGUCAUUCAAGGGGAAGUGAAGUGCCUGAAACUGGAACUGGAUGCCGAGAGGAGCCGGGCAGAGCAGGAGCGGGAUGCAGUAGCCAGGCAGCUGGCCCAAGCUGAACAAGAGGGGCAGGCCGCUCUGGAGCGACAGAAGGUGGCCCAUGAGGAGGAGGUGAACAGGCUCCAAGAGAAAUGGGAGAAAGAGCGCUCCUUGCUUCAGCAGGAGUUGGAUAAGACCCUGGAGACCCUAGAGAGGGAGAGAACAGAGCUGGAAGCGAGGCUGAGAGAGCAACAGACAGAAACCGAAGCUCUCCACGCCCAGAGGGAAGAGGAGCGAACCCAGGCUGACAGCGCCCUGUACCAAAUGCAGCUGGAAACAGAGAAGGAGAGAGUGUCCCUCCUGGAGACGCUGCUGCAGACCCAGAAGGAGCUGGCAGAUGCUACUCAGCAGUUGGAGAGGCUGAGGCAGGACAUGAAGGUUCAGAAGUUACAGGAGCAGGAGACCACCAGCAUGCUGCAGACCCAGCUCCAGGGAGCAAAGCAGGAGCUGAAGGAGGCUGCCCAGCAGCACAGGGAGGAGUGUGCCGCCUUCCAGAAGGACAGGGUAGAUCUGCAGAAGCAGGUAGAGGACUUGAAGUCUCAGCUGGUAACCCAGGAUGACUCCCACAGACUGGUGAGACAGGAGAUUCAAGAGAAGGUGAAAGAAGCUCAGGAGUGUAGUCGGAUUCAGAAGGAACUGGAGAAAGAAAAAGCCAGCCUGGCGCUGUCGCUGGUGGAAAAGGAAGGAAGGCUCCUGGUUUUACAAGAAGCCGACUCUGUUCGACAGCAGGAGCUAAGUUCCCUGCGCCAGGACAUACAGGAGGCCCAGGAAGGGCAGAGAGAGCUCAGUGUACAGGUGGGACUACUGAGGCAGGAGGUGAAGGAAAAGGAGGCAAACUUUGUAGCCCGGGAAGCACAGCUGCUGGAGGAGCUGGAGGCCUCACGCAUCACAGAGCAGCAGCUGCGUUCUUCUUUGUGGGCCCAGGAGGCCAAGGCAACCCAACUGCAGCUGCAGCUGCACAGUACUGAGAGCCAGCUGGAGGUACUGGCUGCAGAACGGCAGCCAGAGAAGCAGGCCCAGGCCCAGCUGGCUAGCCUCUACUCUGUUCUGCAGCAGACCCUGGGGUCUGCAUGUGAGGGCCGGCCUGAGCUGAGUGGCGGGGGCGACUCUGCUCCUUCACUGUGGGGCCCUGAGAAAGAUCAGAAUGGAGCCAGGAGACUCUUUAAGAGAGGGCCCCUCCUGACCGCCCUGUCAGCCGAGGCUGUAGCAUUGGCUCUCGAGAAGCUUCAUCAAGACCUGUGGAAGGCUCAGCAGGCCCGGGAUGACCUGAGGGACCAGAUCCUGAAGCUGACACAGCACCUGGCUGAUACGGAGGCCCAGAAGAGCCAGGCCCACUCAGAGUUGCAGGAGCUGAAAAGACAGCUCUCACAGAGCCGGGAAGAGAAAUCCAAGUGGGAAGGGAAACAGAGCUCCCUGGAGUCUGAGCUGAGAGACCUGCACGAGACUGUGGCAUCCUUACAGAGUCGCCUGCGGCAGGCAGAGCUGCAGAAAAUGGAAGCUCAGAAUGAACAAGAGUUGCUUCAGGCGUCCAAGGAGAAGCUGACUGCCCAGGUUGAACAUCUGCAAACAUGUGUCGCAGAAGCCCGGGCUCAGGCAAGUGCAGCCGGUGUCCUGGAAGAAGAUCUGCGAACGGCUCGCUCAGCACUGAAACUGAAAAACGAGGAGGUCGAGAGUGAGCGGGAGAGAGUCCAGGCUUUGCAAGAGCAGGGCGAGCUAAAAGUGGCCCAGGGGAAGGCUUUGCAGGAGAAUCUAGCCCUGCUGGCCCAGACUCUGUCUAACAGAGAACGGGAGGUGGAGACGUUGCAGGCUGAGAUCCAGGACUUGGAGAAGCAGCGGGAAAUGCAGAAGGCAGCUCUGGAGCUGCUCUCCCUGGACCUGAAGCAGCGAAGUCAAGAGGUAGACCUGCAACAAGAACAGAUUCAGGAGCUGGAGAAGUGCAGGUCUGUGUUAGAACACCUGCCCAUGGCUGUCCAGGAGCGGGAGCAGAAGCUGUGCCUGCAGCGGGACCAGAUCAGAGAACUGGAGAAAGACCGGGAGACCCAGAGGGGUGUCUUGGAACAUCAUCUCCUGGAACUGGAGAAGAAGGCUCAAGUGAUUGAGUCCCAGAGGGGGCAGAUCCAGGAUCUGAAAAAGCAGCUGGUGACACUGGAAUGCCUGGCCCUGGAACUGGAGGAAAGCCACCACAAAGUGGAGGGCCAGCAGCAAGUGAUUGCGGAGCUGGAGGACCAGAGGGAAAUGCAGAGGGUGGCUCUAACCCACCUUACCCUGGACCUGGAAGAAAAGAGCCAGGAGCUGCAGGCACAAAGCACCAAGCUCCAUGAUCUGGAGAACCACGGCACUCAUCUGGCGAGAGAGCUGCAGGAGAGGGACCAGGAGGUGAAGGCUCAGCGCCAGCAGAUUAAGGAACUGCAGAAACAGAAAGAGCAACUGACUCAAGACCUAGAGAGGAAGGGCCAGGAGCUGAUGCUGCAGAAGGAGAGGAUCCAGGUUCUGGAAGAUCAGAGGACGCUGCAGACCAAGAUCUUGGAGGAGGACCUGGAACAAAUCAAGCAUUCCUUGAGAGAGCGCGGGCAGGAGCUGGCCUCCCAGCGGCAGCUGAUGCACGAGCGGGCAGACAAUGGGAAGAGCCCUAGUAAAGCCCAGCGUGGGAGCCUGGAGCACUUGAAGCUGAUUCUACGUGAUAAGGAGAAGGAGGUUGAGUGCCAGCACGAGCGCAUCCAGGAACUGCAGGAACACACCGGCCAGCUGGAGCAGCAGCUCCAAGGCCUGCACAGGAAGAUGGGCGAGACUAGCCUGCUCCUGACCCAUCGAGAACAGGAGAUAGCGAGCCUGCAGCGGCACCUCCAGGAAGCCAAGGACCAAGGGGAGCUGAAAGAGCAGGCACUUCAUGGUCAGCUGGAGGAGGCCCAGAGAGCUCUGACCCAGAAGGACCAAGAACUGGAGGCCCUUCGGCAAGAACAGCAGCAGACCCGGGAUCAGGAGGAAAGCAUGAAGCAAAGGGCAAGUGCUCUGCAGGCGUCGCUGGAGCAGGCCCAGGUGACACUGAAGGAGCGCCAGGGGGAGCUCGACGAUCACAGGGAACAGGUGCAAAGGCUCCAGGAAGAGCUGGCAGCGGAGGGACGGCAGGUGCGGGCCCUGGAGGAGGUGCUGGGAGACCUAAGGGCUGAGUCUCUGGAGCACGAGAAAGCUGUGCUGGCCCUUCAACAGCGAUGUGCUGAACAGGCACAGGAGCAUGAGGCCGAAGCCAGGACCCUGCAGGACAGCUGGCUGCAGGCCCAGGCCACACUUACAGAACAAGAACAAGAGCUAGCAGCUCUGCGAGCAGAAAAUCAGUAUUCCCGUCAUCAGGAGGAGGCUGCCUGGGGCCAGGCAGAAGCUCUGCAAGAGGCCCUCAGCAAGACCCAGGCUGCCCUGCAGGACAAAGAGCAGAGUCUCCUUGAGCAGGCUGAAUUGAGCUGCACUCUGGAGGCCAGCACUACCACCUUGCAAGCUACCCUGGACACCUGCCAGGCACGUGCCCGGCAGCUGGAGGAGGCCCUGAGGAAGCGAGAAGGUGAGAUCCAGGCCCAGGCUUUCCAACACCAAGAGGUUAUGCAGCAGCUCCAACAGGCCCUUUCCCAGAAGGAAGAAGAGCUGAGGCAGCAGGAGGAGCAGGGGCAGCUGCUGGAAAAGGCUCUGGCCCAGAGAAGUCAAGAAAAUGGGAUCCAAGAGAAGCAAGGUCUGGAACGAGAAAGAGAAGAGGAGGCAGGGGACAUUGUGGAAAGCCUAAGGGAACUACAGCUGACUCUAGCCCAAAAGGAAGAAGAAAUUUUGAUGCUGAGGGAGGCCCAGCAAAGGCAGAGUCUGGACGCUUCUUCCCCAAGCCUCAGAGCCUUCCCAGCAGAGAAGCCAGCUUCACUAUCGCCCCCAACGCAACAGGAGCUGGAGCGGCUGCAGAAUGCCCUGAGGCAGACAGAAGCGAGGGAGAUCGAAUGGAGGGAGAAGGCUCAGAACUUGGCACUGUCCCUGGCCCAGAGCAAGGCCAGCAUCAGCAGUCUGCAGGAGAUAGCCAUGUUCCUACAAACCUCUGUCCUAGAGAGGGAGUCAGAACAGCAACGGCUACAGAGGAUAGAGAAGGAGACAACUUGGAUAUGGGUUUGGCAUAGAGUGGUUUUUGUCCUUGGCUCUGAACCUCAGGAGGAGUUGGUGCUCAGCAGACAGGCUCUGGAGGAGCAGCAGUCAUGUGGCCCACGCUCAGCCAGCAGAGCAGACCAGGGGCCCAAAGCUGGACAAAACACACAGCCUGGAGAGGUAGCUGUGGCUGAGCCUAGUCCUGGGGCGGAGGAGAAGGAGCAGUGGACACAAAGGCUGGAGCGUCUGCAGCAAGCAGUGGCGCAGCUGGAGUUUGACCGGAGCAAGCUGCAACACCACAACACACAGCUGCGGACUGCACUAGAGCAGGUGGAGCGAGAACGGAGGAAGCUGAAGAAGGAGUCCAUACGUGCAUCCCGAGCGGGGUCACUGGAGAUGAGAGAAGCGAUGGCUUCAUCCCCUACACAGCAGGAUGGAAGAGGAGGUCAGAGGGGUUCCUCGGAUAGCAUGCAUAUGGUUGAACUUCAGAGAGAGGUAGCCCUGCUGCGAGCCCAGCUGGCAUUGGAGCGGAAGCAGAGGCAGGAGUACAUUGCGCGAUCGGUGCAGACCAGCCGUGAGCUGGCAGGCCUCCAUCACAGCCUGUCUCACUCCCUUCUCACAGUGGCCCAGGCCCCCGAGGCCACUGUUCUGGAGGCUGAGACCCGGAAGCUGGAUGAGUCCCUGAGUCAGAGUCUGACAUCCCCAGGGCCAGCCCUGCUACAUCCCAGUCUGAACACUGUUCACACUACACCCAGGUAGCAGCCACAGCCAGGGGGCGCACAUCAGAUGACUGCAGAGGGGGGUCACAGCUUCCUGCAACAGCUGCGGGUUUGCCAAAGGCAAGAUUUAGCUCUUACCCAGCUAGGAGGCCCAGGUCAGCUGAUAGUCCCAGGAAGAAAAUGGGAACCCUCCAGGCUGUAGGGGGUUGCAGCUCACAUGGGAAUGAGGCAAAUCACAUUUGCUUGCUAACCUACUGUUACCCAAGAAGUGCCUUGCCCUGCCCAUGGGCAUCUGUUGUCUUUCCCUGUUGAAGCAACCACAGUCUGUACUAAGCCUGAAGGCCCCGUUGGCACCAGCAGCAUGUGGGUGUUCUGUCCUGGGCAGGAGCAUCCUGAAUGCAUUGAGUGUAAGGAGUGUUCACUGCCUUCUUGGCUUCAGUGUCUCCCCCAUCUUCCCCUUCACCAAUAAAUUCCAGGUCUCUGCAUCUG